GACAUGUGAAAUGAAACGGAUUGGUUGACAGUGAAACAACUGUUCUAAUGUUAUGUAGUUUUACACAUUUAUCGGAAUGGCGUUGAGACUACUAUGUGCUGCGGCACGAAAUUGGAAAAAUUACGCCAUUUCCAAUGGACAGGCCAAACAAUUCAUUCGGCCGGAAUACACAAUCAGUAAUUUGCUAAAAAUCCAAACGGCAAUCGCCGAUUCCGUUCGAACAGUGAGCUUCUUGAACAAAAUUAGUGGUGCUGCUUUGUGGAAGGGUUGUACGUCGGUCAGUAAUGCUGGUAAAAAGCGAGGUCGUGGCAAGCUUGCCGGCAAAGGUCUCACCAAAGAUCUUAACCAGGGUCAAAUCAUUGGCCAGGGUAGACGGCGAUUGGUUUUGCCUGGAAUGAAUUCACCCGUUAAAAUAGGCAGUGAAAUUGUUAAAUCCGAACGAGGUGUGGAUGAUCCAAGCUGGAGUGAGAAAUUGUACAAUCUUCGUGACAUGAAUCGAACACGGAAACGUAUCAAAUUGAGUCAUAUGGAGCGUGGAUAUUCGGGAACACGAUUGGCUGGCCGAAGUGUUGGUGCACCCGAUCCCAUUGGACAGUUUACAUUCGAUGGUUUCGAUGCACGGUGUAUCGAAAUGAAAAUUGUGAAUGUGAUGCGCGGUAAUUUGGGCCGAUGUCGUCGUCAUUCGUCGUUCAUUGUAACAGGCAAUGGGCAAGGUGUUUGCGGUUUUGCAUUGGGAAAAUCGUCCGAUCCAAGAGCCGCCAUACGAAAAGCCAAAAAUGGUGCCGCACAAAAAUUAAUGCAUUUCGAAAUUUGCGAUGGUCGUACCGUUUAUCACGAUUUCUUUACACAGUUCGGCUACACCAAAAUCUAUGUAUACAAAAUGCCCGAAGGUUACGGUUUGCAAACACAUCGUGUCAUCAAAACAUUAUGCCAGCUGAUUGGUAUCAAGGAUUUGCGCACGAAAAUCGAAGGCUCAACCAAUCCACAGAGUGUAGUAAAGGCAUUUUUAGUAGGAUUAUUACAACAAAAAUCAUACAAUCAAUUGGCGGAAGAAAAGAAACUAUUUUUGGUUGAGUUUGAUGAAAAGCGGGCAUUUUUCCCGCAAAUCGUUGGCAUACCAUCGGUGUGUCGAACGGAUGACGAAAUUCCAAAGGAAGAAAAUCGUGACUUCAAACAGCAUAUAUUCAAUGGAAAGGUCGUAUUGAAACGACCACCAAGAGAAAAUCCAUGGGCAAAAACACCAACCUAUCAAACUCAUCUCAAACGUACUGAAUGCAUGCGAGCAUGGCCCGACAUUCGUUUUUACCUUCGCACCAGAUACGGCGAACUCAGAAGUUUCUUAACCGAAAAAUAUCCAGAAGCGAAAUCCAUCGAUCCCGACAAAUACUAAGAAUGUGAACAGUAUAUAUUAUACCGAUCAUUUUCUUUGUUAUGUUCUGUUUUGAAUUUUCCUUUGUAGAUAUCAUAAACCAUACUAAUAAAAAACAAA